GGUGAUAUGGUUGUAGAUAACGGUAAUCCAGAAGUCGAAGCCAGUUAUUUUAGCCGGAUAACAUUCAUAUGGGUACAGAAGAUACUUUCUGUUGGUUUUCAAAGAACUUUCUCUGAUGAUGAUGUUAUUCCAAUCGAUCCUAGACUACAAAGUGAACGACUGACCGCCCUCCUUGAACAGCAAUGGUUUAAGGAGUUAGAGCAAUCUAAAAGACCUUCUCUCCUUGUGACCCUGAUAAAGAGACAUCUCUAUACCCUCAUAUGGAUAAUAUUCGCCUAUUGCUUAGAUACUGCUGGGAGAUGUAUCCUUCCUCUAUUCAUUGCCCGCAUAUCAUCUUACUUUGACUCUGCUUCAAACAUGACAUUUGAAACAGCUCUCAUGUGGUCAAGUGGACUUGUAUCCUUACAGCUCAUAUCGGUAUUCUUCAAGCAUGUGCUGUUUUACCAAGUCUUAAGAUUUGGUACCUCCAUCAGAGUUGCAGUUACAGGAUUAAUCUACAGAAAAGCUUGCAGAAUCUCCCAAAAAGAGAUUGGAGAGAAAUCAGUUGGAUUUAUAGUUACCCUUAUCACUAACGAUGCUCAACGUCUGGAUGAGUACAUUGGACCAGUAUUUAUCGUAUUCUACCUGUGGGUAAUCCUGGUGAUAUCAUUUCUCCUGCUCCACAUAGAACUGGGUCUCUACACUGCUCUGCCUGGAUUCUUAUCUCUCUUAAUCUUCGUACCGGGACAGUUCUACAUCGGCAAGUUCAUACUGUACUUAAGGGGUCGGAUAGCUCCUCUGACAGAUAGCAGAGUUAAGACAAUACACGAGAUGAUAAUGUUCAUGAAGAUAAUAAAGAUGUACUGUUGGGAGCACAUGUUCAAAAAUCUCAUCGAAACGAUCAGACUGAAGGAAGCUCGGUUUAUUGGCCUAUUUGUACUGAUGAGAGCUCUAAAUAACGCCCUGCUCUUCAUUUCUCCUAUCUUCUCUCUUAUGAUCAUAAUCACGGUAAAAAGAAGCAUUGGAGAACUUAUCACAACUUCACAGAUACUCUUUGUGUUAUCUCUACUUACCACCGUCCGUGUUUACAUCAACAUAUUUCUGGGACAUUCCUUCACUUUCGUCCCUCAAGUCAUUCACAGUCUCCGCAGAAUCCAGGAAUUCCUGAAUGCUGACGAAGUAAAGCAUCUGCAAAAGAAAGCGGCCAUAAUGAACUUGAAAAACGAGAUAAUAGUGAAUAAGAACUUCUUACAUAAAGAUGAAAAGGGUUUACAUAAGAAUGGUAUCAGUGGUAAGAAUGAUCACCUGACCGAAUGUUAUGAGGACGCUAUCACUAUAACCAAUCUCUCGUCCAAAUGGGGACCGGAUACCUUUUCUUUAACAGGGUUGAAUCUAAGUGUAAAAAGAGGAGAACUGAUAGCAGUGGUGGGACCGGUUGCUUGCGGCAAAACAACGCUCCUUAUGUCACUCUUGCAAGAAUUAGACAAUGACGGAGGACUUGUUCUACAUGGCAGUAUUGGUUUCUCAUCUCAAGUACCGUGGAUCUUCAACGGUAGUAUUGAGGAUAACAUCGUGUUUAACCGAGCCCAUGACAAGGAGAGACUGAACAGAGUUAUAGAAUCUUGCUACCUGGAGAGAGAUUUGGAAUUGUUCUCCAAAGGUAUUUACACGUUAGUGGGGGAGAGAGGUGUUCAGUUGAGCGGGGGCCAAAGAGCUCGAGUUAACCUUGCUAGAGCUGUUUAUGGGGAAGAUGAGAUUAUUUUGUUGGAUGACCCGCUAAGUGCGGUGGAUAGUCGUUGUGCGAAACACAUCUUCAACACCUUAAUCAAGGAGCAACUAUCCGACAAAACUCGAAUUCUAGUGACACACGCGACCAACUUUCUGAGCGAAGUUGAUCGAAUAGUCGUCAUGGAUACGGAGGUUGAUGGCGACGGGGACAAAUCUACCUGUUCCGGAAAGAUUACCGAUGUGGGAACCUACUCAGAACUCACUGCAAAAGGUCUGAAUCUGUCUUUAUAUGGUGUAAGAGAGAAGAAAGGUAAACGUAACAGGACCCUGUCCAAGAUAUCAAAGCUGUCUACUGAUUCCGGACUCGACGAGGAGGAUUCCGUAUCUGAUGAGGAAUCUGUAGCAGCAGAAAAGCCGGAGGAGGUGAAAGAGGAAAAGAAAAGUGGCUCAUUGGAUAAACGUAUCUACUUUAGGUACCUAGCCAUGGGACUAGGCUACAUGGCACUACCAGUAUUACUGAUAUCUAUAGUAGCUCCCCAAGUUCUAGUCUUGUACCAGCAGCAAUACGUCAUCGACUGGAGUACUCCAAAAGAUGACAGUGAUAGGCUGGACUACAAAUAUGAAGAUGGAGUUAACUCUACAUCUGAUGAACUUGACCGAUACGAUCAAACACAUUACGAGAUAUAUCUUGGAUUAGGGUUCACCGCAGCCUUUCUUUACCUCUUCAAGGCUUUCUUCUUCAUCUUCGUUGUCAACAGAGCCGGAAGACUGCUGCACAACAAGGCUUUGUUCAGUGUUCUGAGAUCUCCAAUGCGAUACUUCGAUACUCAUCCGAUAGGUAUCAUCAUCAACAGGUUUUCUAAAGACACCUACUUCAUGGACGAGCGUUUUCCGGAUGUUUUGCUUGAAUUCCUGGGACUCUUCAUCCUUUACACUGCAACCAUAGGACUGAUACUCUACGCUAACUACUGGUUCAUCCUAGCUUUAAUCCCUAUCUUGAUCUUAAUGGGAUUCACUAUACGGUACUACUUGGGGACCUCCGUAGAGAUAAGAAGGAUAGAGGCUAUAAAAAGAAGUCCUAUUCUGUCGCAUAUCUCAGCUACUUUAUCAGGACUUACCACUAUCCGCGCAAAUAAUCAGAUAGAUAUAUACGAAGCAAAACAUUACCUAGCUCGGGAUGAGCACACCAGAUGCUGGAUGCUGUUUGUGGCUGCUUCCCGCUGGUUCGCCCAACGGAUAGACUUCAUCACAGUAAUAGUAUCUGUAGUAGCCACCUUCCUGACGGUAUCACUGCGGGAUCACAUGGGGGCUUCAAUAGCAGGGUUAGCACUUGUUUAUGUGAACAGUAUGAUUGGAGGAGUACAGUGGUGUGUCAGGCAGUUCACUGAGACAGAGAACAUGGCAACUGCUAUUGAGAGGGUGUUGUCUUUCACUGAUCUGCCCUCAGAAGCACCGCUAGACCCCCCGGAGAAGUCUCCGUACAGUGUGGAGGUUAUCACUAAUAUACGUGUUAACAGCGGAGUUAUAGAGUUUAGGGAUGUUAAACUCAAGUAUGAUCCUGAAGGUGAUGAUUAUGUGCUGCAUGGAAUGUCCUUUUUAACUAAACCAGCAGAGAAGAUUGGUAUUGUGGGUCGUACUGGUGCUGGCAAAAGUUCCAUUCUGCAAGCGUUGUUUAGAAUGGUGGAACCUGAGGGUGAGAUACUGUUGGAUGGAAUGUUGACCAGCGAGAUGGGACUACAUCAGCUGAGAAAGUCCAUCAGUAUAAUCCCACAGGAGAGUCUGCUCUUCUCGGAGACUCUGCGGAUAAACCUGGACCCGUUCUCUGAGUUCACCUCGGAACAGUUGUGGGAUGUACUGGAGAAGGUGGAGCUGAAGGUGUAUGUUGCAGCACAGACCGGGGGGUUGGAGAUGAUGGUCCAGGAGGGAGGUGGGAACUUGUCUGCUGGUCAGAGACAACUGUUGUGUCUUGCUAGGGCACUCCUGAGGGAUAACAAGAUCCUGGUUAUUGAUGAAGCUACUGCAAAUGUUGAUGAGAAAACAGAUCAACUGAUCCAAUCAACACUCCGGGACAAGUUCUCGGACUGCACUGUGCUUACCAUCGCCCACAGAAUUAACACUAUCAUCGACAGCGACCGAGUGAUGGUCAUGGACGCUGGGUUACUAGUUGAGUUUGAUCAUCCUGCGGUCCUGCUUAAAAACUCUGACAGCAUUUUCUAUGACCUAGUUAAGGAGACUGGUAUGUUUGAUGUACUGGUGGAACAAGCAAAUUCUAGUUUUAAUAACAAAUCAGAAGGUAAUCAAGCAGGUUGCUUAGAUUCAGAUGCUUUUACCGAUGUUCCCAUUUAGAUCUGUUUACAAACAGUUCUAUUAAGUUUUAUCGCUUAUUAUUUUUGAUUAAACAUUUUUUGAUUUUUUAAUUUUUAAUUAUCAUAUUCUAUGGUUGUUUAAAACUGUUUGUAUAAAUUAUUUUUUAGUGAUUAUCAUAUUUGAUUUUUGAGGUAUUAGGGCCGGAGAGAAGAAUAUUUGCCGUUGUCCCUCAUAUCAGAUCACUUCCGGCUGCCCAAUACCCCUAGGAAUCGGUCACAUAUCAGAUAAUCAAGACAUAAUCCUCUUUCCAUAAACUUAAAACUUAAUCACGCAGCGUCUUAUUUUGGGGCGCCUCCUCGACUGAUUACAUGAUAUGUGCACGACAGUUUUCAUUAUUUUUGUAUGCUGACUUUAACAUUUGUUACAAUGAUGUAUGAUCAAUUAUAGUUAGCCAGAUUCU